CGUCAACGUCAACAUACGAGGAUACGACAUUGUAAAAUAGCAUUGUAAGAUAAAAGUAAUAAUUACACUUGUGAGUUUUAACAAGUUUAUUUUAAUCGUUCACAAUGCUGUUUGUAGUUAACGUAACAAUGCUUUUUUAAAAUAAACUGAAUUUUUUGUGUUUUAUUUUAAGGUAUGCUAGUGUCUGAGAUUAGUCUAAAAAGUAACCAUCUUCAUCAAUUCUAGGUUUCAUAGUGCUCUGUCAUUUGCUCAGCAACAUGUCGGCUUCGGCUAUCUACAUUCUUGAUGUGAAAGGAAAGGUUCUGAUAUCUCGCAACUACAGAGGAGAUAUAGACCUUGGAGUAAUUGAGAAGUUCAUGCCUCUUCUGAUGGAGAAAGAGGAAGAAGGGAUGCUAACACCGAUGCUGCAAACAACAGAAUGCACUUUCGCUUACAUCAAAUACAACAAUCUGUACAUUGUUUCUACCACCAAGAAAAAUGCAAAUAUUGCACUUGUAUUUGUGUUUCUUCAUAAAAUUGUACAGGUAAUGACUGAAUACUUCAAAGAAAUUGAAGAAGAGAGUAUACGUGACAAUUUUGUAGUAAUAUACGAAUUACUCGAUGAACUUAUAGAUUUUGGAUACCCUCAAACGACAGAUAGCAAAAUAUUGCAAGAGUACAUUACCCAGGAAGGACACAAGCUAGAAAUUCAGCCGAGAAUACCAAUGGCUGUGACAAAUGCUGUUUCGUGGAGAUCAGAAGGAAUCAAGUAUAGGAAAAAUGAAGUGUUUCUAGAUGUCAUCGAGUCUGUAAAUUUACUAGCAAAUGCAAAUGGCAACGUGCUGCGUAGUGAGAUCGUAGGAGCUAUAAAGAUGAGGGUUUACCUGUCUGGAAUGCCUGAGUUGAGACUAGGCCUCAACGACAAAGUUCUGUUCGAGAGCACAGGUCGAGGAAAGUCAAAAUCUGUUGAACUUGAAGAUGUCAAGUUUCAUCAGUGCGUCAGAUUGUCUAGGUUUGAAAACGAUCGUACCAUCUCCUUCAUUCCACCAGAUGGCGAGUUUGAACUCAUGUCUUACCGUCUGAACACCCAUGUGAAACCCCUUAUUUGGAUAGAGUCGGUGAUUGAGCGACAUGUACACAGUAGAGUAGAGUACAUGAUCAAAGCCAAGUCACAGUUCAAGCGUAGAUCUACGGCCAACAAUGUGGAAGUAGUGAUCCCGGUGCCAGCUGACGCGGACUCGCCAAAGUUCAAGACCACUGUGGGGAGUGUGAAGUACGCUCCUGAGCAAAACGCUAUUACAUGGACAAUCAAGUCAUUCCCGGGCGGAAAGGAGUAUUUGAUGCGAGCCCAUUUUGGACUACCCAGUGUCGAAUGUGAAGACAGUGAGGGGAAACCUCCCAUCCAGGUCAAAUUUGAAAUUCCUUACUUCACCACUUCUGGCAUCCAGGUCCGCUAUCUGAAAAUCAUUGAGAAGAGCGGGUACCAAGCUCUACCGUGGGUUCGAUACAUAACUCAAAAUGGAGAUUACCAACUGAGAACUAAUUAAGUCACUUUGCAACCUAAGUUAAGCUAACUAGCAACGUACUCUAAAGCUUAAUUUUAAUGUUUACUCAGUGAAAAGUCUUGGAAAGAAACAAGUUUUGGAAUUUUAAUCAAUGCUUUCUUAAACUUUUAAAUCAUUAUUAGUUUCAUUAUAUUUUUUUACACUUUUUUGGUUGAGCCCGAAAUAUAUUGUACAUUUCUAUAAUAGCACUUAUAUAAAUAUUUUUUAAAUAAGUUAUAUUUUAAAAAUAUUAUGGUUGUUUAGGCAGGAGUUUUUAUUAAAUACUUGCCUACUUAUGCUAUUGCAUAGCUAAAUUAUGUCAUGUUAUAAUCCUAAUUUAAUUGAGAACUUAGAGUGAAAUUCCUAGCCCUACUAUUCCAAUAACCCAUCAUUUAUCAGAUUAAUUAUAUAUUAUAUAUUCCAAAUAAGUUGAUAGAUUCUUGUUAGCUAGGCUUUAGUUAUGAAACACAUCUGAGAUUUGUUAUUAAAUCAAUUUCUAUAGUUUAGUCAGGGAUUUUCACACUUUAACAAAGAACUUCUAGACAGUUUUUACAAGUAAAUAAUGUUUAAUUUGUGUUUUCUUUUAGUGGAGAAUCAAGGUGCCCAAGGUCUCGCUCUAAAUAGCACUAAAAAUGAGCAAAAAUAGGAAUAAAUAGGAAUACAUUAUUAUUUACAUUUUUUUGCGACCUUUGUUAUUUUUUUAGUUAUUUAAAAUAAUAUUCAAGCUUCUUUACACCUAUAAAGCUAUGGUUAUUGAUCAGUUGAAUAUUUUUCUUUAUGUUUAGAAACUUUUCUUAUAAAUAUUAAAUCUUAAGGUGAAUAUUGAAACCAAAAAUACAAAGUAUUAUUUUAUUGAAAUCCGUCCCUAUAACUAAAGUAAAGGAAGGGUAUAAGUAAAGUAGUUUAUGUAGAACCAACACAGCAUGAAAAUCAAUUUGUAUUUUUUUUAUAGGAUUGCAAAUACAAUUGCAAAUAAAAAGUAGGCAAGCAACUAAAAUAGAUCAUUUACCAGACUAAAUCAGUCUAACGGUUCAAAUUACAAAACAAAUCAAGAUUAUUUUGUAAAUCAAAUAGAUCGGCGAGUUAUUCAAAUUUGUCUCAAUACUUCCAUCUUUAAAGUAGUAUAUUAGUUAAACAGUAUAUAUUUAGGGCAUUUAUAAGAUUUAUUUUAACUUUCAUUUUAAUUUUAAUAAAGGUUGAAAUAACUCAAUUAAGAGUACAUCUCAUAUUUUAAAACAGUUAGCAUUGUAUACUGUAUACUAAAAAGGUAUGUCAUUAAUUAUUUUUCAUACAACAAUUUUUUUUGUUUCAAAACAUAUUUUUAUUAAAUUAUAUAUUGAUGUAAUAUGUUAUACCCAUGUUUUAAUCUAUACUGAACUUGAUAAUUUACAAUGAAAAGAACCCAUUGCAGGUAAAAAAUACAAUAUAAAUCUAAUAUACUGUAUUUACUACUAGUUCGGGUUAGUUAGCGAAUUUCCCUAUAGGGAAGUAGCUAUUGCCGUAGGUCGCACGGUAAGACCUAGGCCCGGGACCGAUUUACUUUUUCAUUUUGAUGUCCCCAGAGGCCAAAAACACAAUUUGUUCAAAUUUAUAUAUAUAAAUUUAUAUAUAUAAAACACAAUUUGUUCAAAUUUAUAUAUAUAAAUUUGAACAAAUUGUGUUUUUGGCCUCUGGGGACAUCAAAAUGAAAAAGUAAUUCGGUCCCGGGCCUAGGUCUUACCGUGCGACCUACGGCAAUAGCUACUUCCCUAUAGGGAAAUUCGCUAACUAACCCGAACUAGUAGUAAAUAUAUAUAUAUAUAUAUAGUUAAUAAGCAAAAUAAUAAAAACCAGAGUACCCUGAAAUUCAUACUCCAGUAUUCCAACCAAAAAACACAAAACAGUGUGCUUUUAUUAGGCACGCAAUACGUGUACGCUUGAAAAUAAGUUGGCAACACUUAAAGAUAUUACGACUACGAUCAGCUGGUGGGAUUUCCCAUUUCGUUCAAUGUUUGGAUAUAACCUAACCUAUAAACGUGUUGUUCAGUGUUUGAAAGAAUAAUCAUUUAUAUGCUUUAUAGUCACUGUAGGAAAAAUAUAAUGUGUAAUGUGAGCGCAAAGUAAAUCACUAUUUCCAUACACUGACUCUUUUUGCUUUGUGUAACCCUCCUCCACACAUCCCAAACUCUAAACUUGGCUAGUGUAUUAGAAUGUUCUUGCCACUAAGCUAUAGUGAACAUUUUCACCUGCAAUGGGUUAAACAAUUAUGGUGGUACAAUAACCCUUAUCUUAUUGUAUUUAUUAUAUUGUUUAGGUUUGUCUAUAAAUGUUCUUGUUAUUAAUUGGCUGUGUAAUUUAUUUUUGCCUUCAUUUACAUUUCCUUACCAUUUGUUAGACCUGUAUGUACCUAUGGCAGAUUUUAUUUUUAUAGUCGUGUACUAAGAAAUUUUUCAAUGGCUUAAGAUAGGCGUAGGAAAAUUUUACAGUGUGUAUGUAUCCUUCAUUUAAUUUAUUUUAACAGUUUGUUUGUAUAAAAUAUUUAUGAAAUAGUCAUUUUAACAAGUCUUGAGUUUUUUUUUUAUUGAUCAUAAGACGAUCAUUUGAAUGUAAUAUGUGUCAUUAGUUAAAAACUACAGAUAGUAUUGUAACAUAUUUAAAUAAAUAUCUUGUUAUUUUAAGAUAA